AUGGAGUCCGCCGGCGGUAGCAUCCCUAGGCCGCAGACGGCGUCCGCGCGCCGGCUGGGGCGCAGCUCCAGCUCUGCUUCCCGCGCUGGCGCUGGCGCGUUCGCCUACGACGGGAUGCGCGCCGCGCCGCUCUUCUCCUCGGCCAACUUCGCGCGCUCCCUCCGCAAGGCGGCCUCCUUCGGCCACAAGAAGAAGCCAAGCGCCGGCGACGCCGAUGCGGCCGCGCAACCGCCCCGCCGGGCACUGAGCAGCAAGGAUCAGAACACCGUCCACGGCGCGGACGCCGGGGCGGUGACGUUGUCCCCCCGCCGGUCGCCGCCACAGCCCGGCGUCGGUGCGAGGCAAGGCCCCUGGGAGCCCGCGAGGCGGAGGCGCAGCACCGGGGGGGCGUCGCCGGACGAAACCCCGGCGGAUAAAGUAUCGGCUGGCGCGCUGAGGGACAUGAUGAUGCGGAAGAGGGAGGGGUCCGAGAAGGAGGAGACGGUGCACCGGGCGCGCGUGCUCGCCACGCGGCUGCUGCAGUGGCGGUUCGCCAACGCUCGGAUGGAGAAGGCCGCCGCCCGCGCGACCUCCGCAGCCGAGAACAAGCUGUUCUACACGUGGCUGCGCGUGGCGGAGCUGCGCAACAUCCAUGCGGCGAAGCGGAUCGUGGCGCAGCGGCGGCGGCAGAAGCUGAAGCUGGAACGGCUGCUGCGGCCGCAGCUGCCCCUCCUCGCACCAUGGGAGUCGUUGGAGGAGCCCCACUCCGACGCCGUCUCCGACCUCGCCGGCGCCCUCUCCGCCGCCUGCACACCCCUCCCCGUAACCGCCGGCGCCCAAGUCGACAUGGAGUCGCUCCGCGAGAUCGUGUUCGCCUGCGUGGGCACGGCGACCGAGAUCGAGGCCAACGCCGACAGGUUCUACGCCACGGCCGGAGCGACGAGCGGCGCGCUGGGCGAGCUUGCAAGGACGAUACGGCAGGAGGUGGAAGGGCUGGAGGAAGCCAUGCGGCUGUCCAGGGUCGUCACUCGCUUGCAGAUGCAGGAGGCGAGCCUUCGGACGAACUUAGUUCAGGCGAAGCAGAAGCGUGAUCACGACAUGGGAGUCGCCUUCGUCGCCCCGGCGACUGCAGCUUCCGGGUGGUGCUACUGA